ACCACAAUUCUUCUCUUCAUAGUGUUUUCCUCUCUUCUCUCUUAGACUUCAAGAUUCAGCUGAAAGGAAAAAAAUAGAGGAAAAUGGAGGGAAAAGGAGAAUGCAGUUGCAGUUUUUACCAAAGGGCAAAGCCUUAUAUAGCUAUGAUCUCUUUGCAAUUUGGGUAUGCAGGGAUGAAUAUUAUUACCAAAGUUUCACUUAAUAGGGGCAUGAGUCACUAUGUUCUUGUUGUGUAUAGACAUGCUUUUGCUACAGCAGUUAUUGCUCCCUUUGCACUUAUUCUUGAAAGAAAAAUCAGGCCGAAGAUGUCACUAAUGAUAUUCUUGCAAAUAUUCGUAUUGGGUCUUUUGGGGCCAGUGAUUGAUCAAAAUUUUUACUAUGCUGGACUCAAAUUCACUUCCCCAACUUUUUCAUGUGCCAUGAGCAACAUGCUUCCUGCUAUGACAUUUGUCAUGGCAGUCCUCUGCAGGAUGGAGAAAGUGGACAUAAAGAAAGUUAGAUGCCAAGCAAAAGUUGUGGGAACUAUAGUAACUGUGGCUGGUGCCAUGUUAAUGACAUUGUACAAAGGCCAUGUUGUGAACUUAAUUUGGUCAAAUCACAUCAAUUCUAGUACUAAUUCUAAUGUCCCUGAAGUAAGUGGAUCCUCUGAUAAAGACUGGCUAAAAGGUUCAAUACUCCUCAUAUUUGCCACUCUUGCUUGGGCAUCUUUCUUCAUUCUUCAGAAUAUUACAAUGAGGAAAUAUACAGCUCCGCUUUCUCUAACUGCACUUGUUUGCUUCAUUGGAACCCUACAAUCGAUCGCUGUAACAUUUGUAAUGGAGCACAAAACUUCAGUUUGGACUAUCGGUUUUGACAUGAACCUUCUUGCUGCUGCCUAUGCUGGAAUUAUAUCAUCAGGCAUAGCAUAUUAUGUACAAGGACUUGUAAUGGAAAAAAGAGGACCUGUUUUUGUGACAGCUUUUAGUCCCUUAAUGAUGAUCAUUGUUGCUAUCAUGGGCUCUUUCAUUCUUGCUGAAAAAAUCUAUAUUGGAGGAAUUCUUGGUGCAGUGCUAAUAGUGGCAGGGCUAUACUCUGUCUUAUGGGGAAAAUACAAGGAGUACAAAGAGAAGGAAAUUGAAGAGUCAAUAAUAUCUGAACCAGUGAAGGGCAUUAAUGGAAACAGUCAAAUGAUGAUUCUUGAAAAUAAUGAAGCAAUUAACGAUAUAGAAAUGCAGAAAAAUGAUGAAAACAAAAUCUCAACUCCAGUAGUAAACAUUAGUGUUCCAAUGCAACAGGCCCCCAUGUUAGCUAAGGAAGCACCAAAAAUUUAAUUUUUGGUUUAGGAAUUAGAAGCAAAAAAAAGAACAGAAGAAAGAA